GAUCUCUUUCUCUCUCUCCUAAAACUUAUUUUUGGUCCAUUCUGAGCUCCAAGGCUAAGCAGCAGCAGCAGGAAAUCAAAUUGAGAAGUGAGGAGUAUAUAUCUCAUGGCGAAUGACAAUGACAACCGACCUCACGAGGGAGAUGAGAAUGACGGGCGCCCCGCAGACAACAAGGAUGUCAAGUCCUCUCGUGCCGGAGAACCUCACGAAAACAACCCCAAUGACAAUGAAAAUGAUGAGAAUGAAGAGGGAGUCGCAAGCGACGACGACAACCAGGAUGGAAGAGAGGAUGAUGAAAAGGAUUAUGAGGAAGGCAAUAAUGAAGACGAUGGUGAAGGUAGUGAUGAAUGCCAUAACAACGACGAUGACAGUGAUAAUGAUGACGACGACGACGGUGGUGAGAAUGACGACGAGGAGAAUGAGGACGUGAAUCAGAUUCAAGACCAUGGCGAGAUAGAUGAAGAGAGUGAAGAGGAAGGCGCUCCCCAACCACCGAAAAAGAGGAAGACAUGAAGCAAGACUUUUGCCUUUUAUUCAAGUUAUAUGUUGUAAUACUUAUUGCAUCACAAUUUAAGCGGCAUGUUUACCAUUCUACGUUAACCAUUUCUUUAUCUAUUUUUGUUACUCAUUUAAUAAAACAACACAAUAAUG